CGUUCAAUCCGGAUUACUGUUGCUUGUCCUGAAAGGCUUCACCAAACUCUCUUUUUCACGUGUCAAUCACCUGUCAAUCACUCAAGAUGAAGGCCUCCGUCCUCUCGCUCGUUUUCCUCUCCGGCCUUGCCGCCGCCCAGACUACCAUCCCAACCUGCGCUACCGGCUGUGUCACCCAGUUCACCACCGGCAGUUCGAUUGCUGGCUGCGGACAGCUCGACAUCAAGUGUAUCUGCCAGAAUGCCGAUUUCCUGAGCGGUAUCGCAUGCUGCCUGGCCUCGGCCUGCGACCAGUCCGCCCAGACCCAAGCCGUAGCCUACGCCAAGCAGAUCUGCUCUUCCGCUGGCGUCUCGGUUCCCGACCAGGUCGUCUGCAACGAGAAGUCGUCCAGCAGCACGUCUGAGGCUCCCAAGGAGUCUUCCACUGCCGCCGAAUCCUCUACCUCGACUGCCAAGACCGAGUCCUCUCACUCGUCCAAGACCGGCUCUUCCGAGUCCACCACUGCCGCCGAGUCCACUUCUGCCCCUGCCACGACCGGCUCUGCCUCCCAAACCACUGGCACUACUGCUGCCGCAUCGCAGACGACCUCUGCGGCUAGAACCACAAGCUCCAACGUCGCUGCCCCUCUGGCUUCCGCUGGCAGCUUCGUCGGUGCUGCUAUUGCUAUGCUGGCCGCUGCCCUGUAAGCUGGCAAUUGAGCCACCCAAUUGAGCGGCGAGAGACUCCGGGCGCUGUCUCGGGCAAUACGUUUGCUUUUAGUGGAGGACUACAGAUGUAACAAUACGGGCUGAAUGCGAUGGAUUGUUUGAUCAGGCGAGAAAAUGCUUUGUCUAGCGAGCCGCCAAUGCCGAGAUACGAUACAAUAAUACCGGGUGCUACCCCACCACUAAUAUACUGUUUUCAUGUAUUCGUCCUA